AUGUUGGAGAAACACAUUCUUCGUUCGAAGUAUUCACUCUGCAAUUUGUACCCAAACGCUCAUUCAUUUAUUGCCGAGUCUGUUAUUUUAGGUUUGUGUGGUGUUUGUUCGCUCCCAAUGACUUCUUUGACACAAACAGUGAAGUGCAAAUUGUGUGGAUUUUCGAUUCACAAAACAUGUGUGGAAAAUUGUUUCACUCUUUGUCGAGGAACUUUUGUGGAGGAACAAAAGAAGAGAAAAAAGCCUUUGAUUUUUAGAGACGGGUCGUCCCGAGCCAAGAACUCACAUCUCUUAUUCGAGUCAUCAUCGUCUGGCUUGGCGUUUUGUAGCUCUUGCAAAAAUGUGAUAGCUCCUUUUACUCACUUUUUUGUCUGUAAUUUGUGUGGUAUUAUCUUAGACAAAAACUGUGGCAAUGACGGGGAAUAUCCGUGUAAACCAUAUUCAACAGAGGAAGAAUCAGACACUCACUGGUUUGUUCAGGGGUGUUGCCGAGAGUACUCGACCGGAUACUCAAAGUGCUUUGUUUGCAAAAAGCAAACGGGGAGUUCACUUGGGGUUUUUGAUUUCCGUUGUGUGUAUUGUGGGAUGUGCCUUCACCCCGAGUGUAUCCCCAAAGCACCUCAUAUUUGUAGCAACUCAAUUCUUUCAGACUUUAUUAUAACACCGCGACUUGUUGAGUUCAACAAGAAAACUUUAUUCGCUCGUUACUCCACAACUAAAACCCCUUUAUUAUUCUUCACCAACAAAAAUACCUUACCUGACUCUUCUUAUAUCUUUUUCCAAAAACUUCAACAAACAUUUUGCUCUCAACAACUCGUGGAUAUCUCACAAGGCUUUGAUGAACCAUUCACUUUUAUCAAAAACUAUGGAAAUCGCUUCAUUUGUGUUAUUUUUGGAAAUAAAGGAACUCUAAGUAAAGUCAUGGACGCAAUGCAUACAGCCGACUUGACUCCUAAGUAUUUGGUUCUUCCUUCUCCAAGCAGUGUGGACUUAUCUGUGUGCAGUGGGUGGGGUGCGUCUAUCGACGUGACAAAAAUCACCCCCCUCCUUCGACAACUAUCAAACUCCCCUCCAAUGCCUUUCGAUCGGUGGAGUCUCUCAGUCCAUUCAGAAAACUCCAAAGAGCACUUUAAAAUCGUUUUUAAUGAGCAUCUUGUCAUUCCCUUUGAUAAUUCGAUGGUUCUUAAAAUAGACGGUCUAACUCUCAAUAUUUCACAUGAAAAAUCUCCAAAAGUGGCAACCAUUUACAUUAUGAAUGUGGGUACUUUUAAUGGCAACAGACCGACAUACAAUAUAAACAAAAACGAGAAGUUCUUUGGCAUGACUGACCCGUCACCAUGUGACGGGAAAAUCGAGGUUGUUGAGUUUGAUCAAUCACACUUUGUUGGACAAGGGAGCGUCAUCGAGCUCAUUCUGUUGGAACAAAAGGAGUUUCGUGUUGACGGAGUUGGGUAUGUCAUCCCUCCAUCAACACUCGUUAUCUCAAUUUUUGAUAGAGUCACACUCUUGGCUAAAAACCCGACACUUUAA